UUAUAUGCCGUCAGCCUGGCGAAGAGCAGAAUUUUGAAGACGUCCAGAAUUAAAAACUCUACUUUGAAUAAUAAGACAGCGAGAAUUUGCCGGGUUGCUGUUGUCCCAAAUUGUGUGCCAGGCAUGCGUUGGUGUUUGUGUUCUUUUUUGUUGCAAAUAAAUAGCACGCUGUGUUGUUAUUAGUGCUGCAGCAGCCCACUGGCUUGCCAGUAUUUUGCACUAGCUUAACGUGUGUGGCUGCUGUAUGUGUGCGUGUGUUUGUGUGUGAAUACAUACAUUUAUAUAUAUAUAUAUAAAGAAGAUAUUCCUUGCUUCAAAUCCACGUGUGAGUAGUCUCACUAUUCUAGCCGGCAUAUUACAAAAUGAGCAGCACACCGAGCGAAGAACCUGCGCUGACGGUCACGUUGCAGGCAACGCCAGCGACGCCAUCGCCAUCUCUCAAGGCAUUUGACUUUGAUUUUUCGGGUACGAAUUAUGAAAUGGACGCAAGCAUUUCAGAGGAGGAGCGGCGCUUCUACCUCAAAAUGUACCCCACCGUGGAUGUGGUUAAUCAGCGUAAGGUUCAUUGCACCGUUUGCCGUUCGCACAUUGGCACAGCCGCCACUACAGACGGCAACAUCAGAAUGCAUCCCAUACUGCGUGUAACGCACUGCAUCAAGUGCCACGAAUUUUACAAUAGUGGGGAGUUUUCCAAGGGUGAAGACGGCUCGGAGCUUUAUUGUCGCUGGUGUGGGCAGGGCGGUGAGGUAUAUUGCUGCUCCACCUGCCCGUUUGUGUUCUGCAAAUCGUGCAUCAUAAAGAACUUGUCGCGCGGUGUAAUUGUGGACAUUGAGCAGAACGAGAACUGGAACUGCUUCAAGUGCACUUCCAAAAUACUGUGGCCACUUCGCGCCCAGCACUGGGCCCUCAUCAACUACAUAAAAACCCAAAAGAACGGCCUGCAAUCGAUGCAGUUGUCCGAAAUGGAAUUGCGUAAGCAUAUGCACAAGGACCACAGCACAUGUUGUCGACUCGCCAAGGCAAAGUCCACCAGCCUUUCGGAUUCCAUGGAGAGCCUUGAGUCGAAUGCUUCCAAGCGCAGUCAUGCCAGUUCUGUACACUCUGUCAAGAAAUCAGUGAAACCGCAGGUCCAACCUGCCAAGCGUUCCAAAAUGUCCAACGAUGAAGUUGUCUGUACACCCGAUCUACUCAGCAUGCUGGAGCCGGACUGUCAAAUCUCAGUUGCACAAAAGCCAGGCCUCCGCUCUCUAACACCAGCGUCCAACAUCACAACAACGCCGCGUAUCAUAACUGUGCAACAAAACUACAGUGGUCCCAGUCCCAGUAAUAAUGGGAGCUCAUCCUCCGCCAGUCCGCUAAUCAGCUUACCACCGCCACUAGUGCUAAGCAGCUCGGGCAUGCGCUAUCGCCAAGCUGCACCCAGUUCAGCUUCAGUUGUGCGACGCACCGUGGUUCCAAAUACUAUGCGUAGUGCGGGUCCCGUUUUUCAUACAAUUAAUGGCUUUCGUGUUGAUCUCAAUAGUGCAGCACAGCAGGACUCCUAUCGCCUGCCCAAUGGUCGUCUUAUACAGGUGAAGCGUCAAUUGCCACCAGGCGGUCAACCCUCGACAACACUGACACGUACUCCAGUUGCAUUGAAUCCACAGGUUAUCAUACGGCAACAGUCGACGCCAAGUGGGCCAGUGCAGCGCAUGGCGCACAAUAGCCCCAGCUAUGGCUCCAAUAUGGGCAUCUUUAAUCCGCAAACAAACCAGCAGCAGCGUGCUCCGCAGGUGGUGCGCGCCAACAAUGGUAGCCAGGUGCAUUCGGUGAACGUCGCUCCGUCCCCGGCACCGACACCAGUGCAACCGCCGCCACCGCCGCCUGCGAGUAGUAACGGCGGCACAACUAUUAUGAUGACGCCAGCGCCGGUGGCCAAGGGUCCAAGCCUGGUGCGCCAUGUGUUUCCGCCCCAUGCCAUUGGCCGAGCGCGCACACAAUUGCAGGAUCAAAUCUUCAAUGCCAUGGAAAUCUGCACGCAUCUGACAGGCAAAGUGCAGACGCUGACCCAUUCCAAUGCGUACAAUCAGGCACGCAGCUAUAUGGAUCUGAAGGAGCUCUACAUACAUCUGUCCUAUCUAAUGACCUAUGCCAUUGGACGCUUUAAACAGCUGCAGGAUAAGUGCCUAGUGGAUAUGCGCGACAUGGGCUUCAAAAACGACGCCAACAGUUUGGAGAACGGUCAAUUGGCUGCCGAGAAACAAGCCAGCGACGAUGAGGACAACGAAAUCGAGAUUGUGGAGCCCAAAACAGAUACAAUUACUAUCGAUUCUGACAACGAAGAAGAGUCUGCGUCGGGCUCAAGCGCAUCUGUACACAAGGGCUUAAAAAUAACAUCCGUUAAAUCGACGGCCUCGGCAGCGAAUUUACCUAAAGUGGCAACCUCAAAAGGGGAUAUAAACCCAGAUAUUGAUGUUGCAGCUUGCAGCUCUUCGAUUUUGGCCAGUCUGCUGGAAGUGGACACGGAUGGCGUUGCCGAGUUACCAGGCGUUACCGUACCAAAAAAACAACCGCGUAAAAAAAUGACUAACAAACCGAAUCCAGCUCUGCUUCAUUUGGAGCGCCAACGCAUUGAGGAAACUAAGCGCAACGAUGCCAAGCUCAAGAGGAAAUUUGUCGUGAAAUUGAGACGCGCCGAGAAAGAUUUCGAUGUGGCCCGCAAAUGGGUUGAGGAAAAUAAUAAAUUGAACAACUUGAAUGCAACAGCAAAUAGUGAUGCAAAGGCAAUUGUUGUAGAUGGGGGUACAGAUAGUACACAUAAACAGAAGUCUGAUGCUAUACAAAAUAACAAAGAUAUUACCAGUCAAGAUAAAAGCGCGAAGAGAUCAGCUGAAGACCGGGAGAAAUCAAUUGGUGACGAGGUGCUAGAGAACAUCGACACCUCCGGCGGCACUACAACAUUAAUAGACGAAAAAUCUGAGGAUAACACUAAUGUAAACAAAGCAAAUAAUAAAUCAAGCUUAAGCGAUAAUAUAAUAGAUAUGGCUAAUCCUGAAGGUAAUGAAAUCUCAGCUGACAAAGAUCCUAGAGCCGCUAAUACUGCUGACGAAGAAAUAAAUAAAACAGUAGCACCAGCAAACAUAGAUUCAGAAAUAACAGAAGCCGUGGAGGUAAUAGAAUUUAUUGAAACUGUGGAUAAAACUAGUGAAGAUCCUAUGGGAGUACUAGGAAUAAUUGAGUCCCUUGAAGCUGCGCUUGAUAUGGAACCCAUAGUCAUACAUAAUGAAACUGAUAAACCUGUUGCAAUGGAAGUAACAGAUAUAAUACAAUCCUUAACAAGUGAAAUUAAUGCGGCCAAAAGAACUGAAGAUAAAGCUGCGCCUGAUAUGAGAAAUGUCGAAACUAUUCAUGUAGCUGAGGAUGAAACUGUCAUCGAAAUACAUACCGCACCCGAAAUUGAAGAGUCGGAUAGAGUAGAUACUACAGCCGACGAUGAAGCCAGCCAAUCAAUGACUUAUUCUGUAACAUUAGUAGUUCCAACACAUAAAGACACUAAAACUGCUGAAACUUCCGACACAAGCGAUAAGGAUGCUGAUAAAACCACCGCAGCGAAAGUUACAUCCAAAGAAAUACCAACUUCAAGAAAUAAUUCAAUUGAAAUCACUGAGCAGGUAACUGAGGAUGAAACUGCGUCCGAAAUUGAGGAGUCUGUCGUUUCGCCUAUCUGUCCUAGCCAAUCACAAUUUCCAUCCAGUUAUAAGGACAGGGGCACGAACAACGUUGAUCCGGAAACCCACAGCAUAAUUAAGUCUUCUUCAGCUACGUCCACCCGGGAAAACAAUAUAGACACCAGCGCCCAAACGAUUGUGCCAGAGUCGUACACCAACGAUGUAGCAAUUUGAUUGCAUUGCUAAUUUAGUUAAGCAUAUGGAUGUGUAAGAUAAGCAAAGACAAACCCGCAUUCACAUUUUUGUUGCUACAGUUAAUUUGCAUAAGGCUUUUAGGCUCGAAUGUAAUUUGUUAUUAUAGUUUUUAGAAACAUUUUGAAUAUGAUCCUUUAAAUUAUCUUGUCUAUACAUUUAAAAAUUGUAUAUAAUUGACAGGAAUUUUGCAUUUAGUUGUGUAUCUUCAUACGCCUUUUGUUUUCGUUUUCAACGAAAUCAAAUAUGCAAUCAAACAUAAAAAUUCAACCUACAUCAUAAACUAGCACACACACAAUAUACCAAGUUAAGAAAAAGUACUGCAUAGAAUAUGGAUAUCAUUUAUUUUUAAAUUGUACAAAAUAAAUACUUGGCGCAAUAAGAUUAAUGAUCAAUAUAUUUCAUUCAAUCAUGUUGAACAAUAUAAACAGAAUGCUCUGCGAGCGUUAAUAUAAAACGAAACACUUAAUUAUACUCCAAGAAGCUAUGUUAGGAAAUUUGUAUUAAAACGAAUUUAUAUUUU